AUGCAUGCCAAGUUCUUCUCCCUGCUUGCUGCUGCGUUCAAAAUAGCCUCUGUGGCUGUGGCCGGCCCACUUCCUCAGUCUGAGCUGACGGCUCGCCAAGCCGCCGCCGCCCCCGUGCCGCUGCGGAUCAUGGCAGCGGGCGCAUCCGUGACGUUUGGCGUGGGGUCGUCGACGGGCAACUCGUACCGCAAGGACCUGCUGGACCUCCUGCAGGGGCCCGAUGCCAACUUCACGACGGCGGGCCAGGUCACCUUUGUGGGCGCCAAGAAGAACGGCGACUUUGACCAGAACGCGGUCGAGGCGACCAGCGGCUUCGUCAUCAAGCAGAUCGCGGCCGCCGUGGCCAAGGACGUGCCGCAGCUCAAGCCGAACCUGGUGCUGGUGGACGCGGGCACCAACAACUGCAACAAGGGCGGCGUGGUGGCCGACGCCGGCGCCCAGGUCGACGCCAUGCUGCGCGACGUCUUUGCCAAGAGCCCCGGCGUCACCGUCGUCAUGACCAACGUGCUCGUCAACAAGAUCGCCAAGCAGGACGCCUGCCGCGUCGACGAGAACAAGCAGUUCGACACCGUCUGGCAGAAGCUCAAGGACGAGGGCGCAAAGCUCGUCACCGUCGACAUGCGCUCCGCCGCCGGCCCCACCACCGACGAUCUGUUCGACACCAGGCACCCCAACGACGCAGGCUAUGUCAAGAUGGCCAACGUCUUCUUUUCUGGUAUUCAGGAGGCUGCCGCCAAGGGAUUCCUGACCGCCCCGGCCGCCUGA